AUGUCGGAAAGUCCGAGUGUCACCCGUUUCAUGGCCACACAGAUUGUGGACAAUCGGACGCAUUGGGAAGCUCUGCAGAGGAUUAUUUCAACUCUGGCAAAUAAAAAUGAUGAAAUUCAGAACUUUAUUGAUACACUGAAUCAUACAUUAAAAGGAGUUCAGGAAAAUUCUUCUAACAUACUUUCAGAGUUAGAUGAAGAAUUUGAUAGUCUGUACUCUAUAUUGGAUGAGAUGAAGGAGAGUAUGAUUAGCAGUAUCAAGCAGGAACAAGCUCGUAAAUCCCAAGAGUUACAGGCUGCCAGACAGAUCAAGGAUAGAGUCACAAUGGCAUCAGCCUUUCGCCUUUCUUUGAAACCAAAAGUCAGUGACAACAUGACUCACUUAAUGGUGGAUUUCUCUCAGGAAAGACAGAUGCUGCAAACUUUGAAGUUUUUGCCAGUUCCCAAAGCUCCAGAGAUAGAUCCAGUAGAGUGUUUGGUGGCUGACAACACAGUAACGGUAGCAUGGAGAAUGCCCGAAGAAGAUAAUAAGAUAGACCAUUUUAUACUGGAAUAUAGGAAGACGAAUUUUGAUGGGCUUCCACGUGUGAAGGAUGAGAGAUGCUGGGAGACCAUUGAUAAUAUUAAGGGAACUGAAUAUACAUUAUCGGGUUUAAAAUUUGACGCGAAGUAUAUGAAUUUCAGAGUGCGAGCUUGUAACAAGGCUGUGGCUGGAGAGAAUUCUGAGCCGGUGACUCUAGAGACCAAAGCACUUAACUUCAGUUUGGAUAACUCAUCAUCCCAUGUGAACCUGAAAGUUGAAGAUACUUGUGUAGAGUGGGAUCCCACUGGUGGAAAAGGUCAAGACAGUAAAGCUAAAGGAAAAGAGAACAAGGGCAGAAGUGGUACGCCGUCCCCUAAACGGACAUCGGUAGGCUCCAGACCACCAGCAGUGAGAGGCAGCAGAGACCGUUUCACUGGAGAAUCAUACACAGUGCUGGGAGAUACUGCUAUUGAAAAUGGACAACAUUACUGGGAGGUCAAGGCCCAGAAGGACUGUAAAUCGUACAGUGUGGGAGUAGCGUAUAAAACUUUGGGUAAAUUUGACCAGUUGGGAAAGACAAACACUAGUUGGUGUAUCCAUGUUAACAACUGGCUACAAAACACAUUUGCAGCAAAACAUAAUAAUAAAGUCAAAGCCUUGGAUGUCACUGUUCCUGAGAAAAUAGGUGUAUUUUGUGAUUUUGAUGGAGGUCAGCUUUCUUUCUAUGAUGCAAACUCAAAACAAUUGUUGUAUUCCUUUAAGACAAAAUUUACUCAGCCAGUGCUUCCUGGUUUCAUGGUUUGGUGUGGUGGACUUUCUUUGAACACUGGGAUGCAGGUUCCAAGUGCUGUGAGAACACUUCAGAAAAGUGAAAAUGGAAUGACUGGCUCAGCUAGCAGCCUGAACAACGUUCCUCAGUAG